AUGCCAGUCCCAAGCACCCAACAAAUUGCACUCACAGCUACUACAGCCACUCAAGCAAAGCAACUAAACAUGACUCCCAAAGCUUCUUUCUUUCUCUUCUCUGUUUUAGCACUUCUCUUUGCUGCAAGAGCUCAAAACAGGGCUCCUCAUGGUCUAGCUUUUGAGAGCCCAGAGGCUUUUUCACCCUCAGCAGUUGAUUUUUUCCAUCCCAAAACACAAGAACCCAACGCAAAUAAACUCUGUGCAGAAUCAUCUGGUUGUUCAUCAUUGCCUCUAGCAGCUAAUGUGGAGGCUACUCAAAUGCAGGAAAGAGAAGUAUCAUCAUCCCAGAAAGGUGCGAGUCAGCUAGGAGCUACAGGCAUUUCCAUCGCGCUCGGCUUGGCAUUUGCUGUGCUUCUGGCAAUGGGGGGUUUCUACGUGUGA